AUGAUCGCAAUGUUGGUCGCGAUUUAUUUAUAUUCCCAUCGUCCAGCGAUAUUUGAUCAGACGAACAACAGCCAAGCCGUCCCGUUAAUUUUACUAUUUACACGUAAUCAUUCGGCGAAAACACGUGCAAAUAUCUGUCAAGGUACUCGCAACGGCGGACAUGUCGUUAAUUUUCAUUCCUGUCCAGUGAAAUGUGAAUUUUCCUGUCGAAUAAACGAUUUUAAGCAACGUUCACCACAUGCUGUUCUCUUCUUUGGCGAGGAUUUUGCUUGGCCAUUUCAGAUAACUAAUCGAAAUCGAACAUCGUUCGAUCAACGAUGGAUCUUUUGGACAAUGACCUACCGACAGGACUCGGAUAUUGUUCAUUCCUAUGGUUGGUAUAUCGCACGUAAUAUGUCCUAUGCUAUUCACGACAUGCAAGCAAUCGAUUUUUAUUUAUCUCCGAACGAUAAUCAGUCUCUCUAUGAUAUUGAGAACGAAUUUCAGCAACGGAAAAAUAAAACUCUAUGGUUUGUAUCAAACUGUCAUGCCCGAUCGCGACGGUAUAACAUCGCUCAGAACUUAUCGAAAUAUUUUCCAACUGAUCAAUAUGGUCAAUGCUUGAAAAAGAACGAAUACUUAUCAAAGGAAGAGUUUCAUAAGACACUUUUUCGAUAUAAAUUUUAUUUAGCUUUCGAAAACGCACAUUGUCAAGAUUAUAUCACAGAGAAAGCUUUUUUUAAUGCAUUGGCACAUGGAAGUAUACCGAUUGUGCUCGGACCCGGAAAAAAGAAUUAUCAGCAAAUUUUACCGCCGAAUUCUUUUAUUCACAUCGAUGAUUUCCAAAAUGUCACCGAACUUACUGAUGAACUCAUACUGAUCAGCAAGAAUCUACAACGAUUCGCAUUUUAUCAUCAGUGGCGUCAGGAUUAUCGUUUAAUUACAUGGCCAUCCAACUAUUUCAUCGACGAUCUUUUCUGUAAUCUUUGCCGAAAAUUACAUCAAGAUACAGAACCAAAAAUAUAUAGUAACUUCUCCCAAUGGUUAAAUAAAUGCAAACAAUAA